UUUACCGUUAAUUCUCAUUGUUUUGCCUUUGUAAACUUUUCUGAAUUUUGUUAGUGUGACCAAGGAGACAAAAUAAAAUCAUUUUGACUUGGAUAACACAUAAUUCAUAUAUCACGACCAAGCGAGCUUACUACUGGACAUCUUAGACGUGAAUAUUACAGACGUGGAAAUAGCGGACAUAGUCAAUAUUGCAGACGUGGACUUAGUGGACUUAGCGGACUUAGCGGACUUAGCGGACUUAGCGGACUUAGCGGACUUAGUGGACUUAGUGGACUUAGUGGACUUAGCGGACUUAGCGGACUUAGCGGACUUAGCGGACUUAGCGGACAUGCACUAUUUAAAGGGACCCGUAUUUUCUGUCGAAAACACCAUUUGGAUUGUGUAAAUUCAUUGGUAGGCACUCUAUUACGUAUACAUAAAAUUGGCUUUAAUAUGGUUGCUUAAAACCAUCUGGUGUGAUUCUGCUGGAUUAACGUCUACAUCCUAACCAGCAACAAAAUAUUAGAAAUAAGUUUCCCUCAAACAUGAUGAGUACAGUUAUUACUUUAAGUAUCAACGGAUUGGUUUCUGUUAUUGGCUACAUUUUGACCUUAAAAUUAAUUCCAUCAUUUGCUGACCACUUUGUUUCGGCUAAACUGUAUGGAAGAGACUUGAACAAAGUGUCAGAUCAAAAAAUACCAGAAGCACUUGGUGUAAUUAGUGGAGCUAUAUUUCUUGUGUGUAUGUUUUUCUUUAUUCCUAUACCAUUUGUGAACUUCUCAGCAAAUGCAACAAAUCAACUAAACUUUAAUCACAGUGAGUUUAUUCAAUUUAUUGGUGCUCUGCUAUCAAUUUGCUGCAUGAUAUUUCUUGGAUUUGCUGAUGAUGUACUUAACUUGAAAUGGAGACACAAGCUUAUAUUACCAACUAUUGCUUCGUUACCUUUGUUAAUGGUUUACUACACAAACAUCAGCAAUACCACUAUUAUUUUACCAAAACCAAUUCAUUCUCUAUUUGGUACGGAACUUGAUCUUGGUAUCCUGUACUACUUCUAUAUGGGAAUGCUGGCAGUCUUCUGUACCAAUGCAAUCAAUAUUUUAUCGGGCAUAAAUGGUUUAGAAGUUGGCCAAUCAGUCAUUAUAUGUAUUUCAAUCAUAUUACACAAUGUACUUGAACUAUCUGGACCUGUGUCUGCUUACCACAGAUUUUCGUUGUAUUUCAUGAUACCAUUUUUGGGUACGUCACUUGGUCUUCUGCAUCAUAAUUGGUACCCUUCAAAGGUAUUUGUUGGUGAUACAUUUUGUUAUUUUGCUGGAAUGUCAUUCGCUGUUGUAGGAAUAUUGGGUCACUUCAGCAAAACUAUGAUCUUGUUUUUCAUUCCACAAGUUGCAAACUUUCUGUAUUCAAUUCCACAGUUAUUUCGGUGGAUACCUUGUCCAAGACAUCGUUUGCCAAAAUUCAAUGCUGAUACAGGAUUGUUAGAUAUGAGCAAGGUUUAUUUUAAAGAUUCUGAACAGAAUUUCCUGGGUAGGCUCAUUCUUCGUGUAGGUGAAAAGGUCAAAAUGGUUGAUUUAAAACUCAACGUUGGUGAAGAUGGACAAUAUAUUGAAUGUAAUAACCUUACAUUAAAUAAUUUUUUGUUGAAAAUACUUGGACCAAUGCCUGAACAAUCAUUAACACUAUUGCUUUUGUGUGUACAGACAUUUUGCACUGGUGUAGCUUUCUUUAUUCGUUAUUACAUAAGUUCUUUCUUUUAUAAUUAAUUAAUAGUGUAUGGCUGCUAAAUUAGAAAAAAAUGAUGUCUCAGCGGGUGUUUACCGUGUACACCCCUUGUUUUAUGUUGUUUGUAAUACAUUGCGCCAAGAUGUUGUAUAUGUAUGCGGUCAUUUAAUAUUAUACUGCAAGAAUUUUAUUUAAAGUAGGCUUUUACCUUUAUUCAAGAAUAUGCAUGUAAUUUCUAUGUUUAAGUAUAAUAUGCUGCAGCUAUUUAAUAUUAAAAGAUUGUUAUUUAUGUUAUAUUUAAAAUUAAAAUUAUCGGCAACAUCUGUAUGUUUUAGAUUCAAAUCUUUUGUUUGGGAGGUAAUAAUUGAAAGCUUAUUUCACAACACCAAUUGGCUAUAACUGUAAUUACCCUUUAAAAAUAGGUAAAAAGAUCUUUUUUAUAAAUGCGAAAUGAAAUGUAAAUUUACACACACAGUUUACCUGGCACAAUCCAAAUAACUUUGUUUAAUAAAAAAACACUUAAAACUUA